CAAGUCGCGAAAAAAACGCUUUGUCUAGUAGUGCACUUAUGUUUGCGUAAUGCAGUCAUGUUUUGUGUAAAAAAUUAAUAAUAAAUAAUAAUAGUAAUGUUCAGACACGUAGCUGUAAUCGUUUUUCUGGGUUAUGCUCUGGCUUUUCCUGAAGCCAGCGAAAGGUCGAGAAGGAGUACGACUGAAAACCCCUUAGUAACUACCCCUUUAGGUCAAAUAAAGGGUACGGUUAUGACUUCAAGGCUAGGCAAACCUAUAUAUGCAUUUAGGGGCAUACGCUACGCGAAAGCGCCAGUAAAUGAGCUGAGAUUUAAGCCUCCAGAGCCGGUAGAGAAAUGGGAGGGCGUCUAUAAUGCCACUGAAGAUGGUCCACUUUGUCCACAACCUACCACGGAUCCUGUAUCAGAAGACUGUUUAAUAUUAAAUGUUUAUUCCACCAAGCUUCCGAAGAGUGCUGAAAAUCCGAAACGCUCUGUAAUAGUCUACAUACACGCUGGAGGGUUUUACAGUGUCGGUUCUACCAGUUAUUGGGCUGGACCCAAUUAUUUUAUGGACCAAGACAUCGUCUUAGUGACUAUCAAUUACCGCUUGGGAACUUUAGGUUUCUUGAGUACCGGCGACAAAGAAGCCCCAGGGAAUAACGGCUUGAAAGAUCAAGUCCAGGCAUUGAAAUGGGUGAAACAAAACAUCGAGGCUUUCGGAGGGGACCCAGAUUGUGUCACAAUCAUGGGUUAUAGUGCUGGUGCGAUGAGCGUUAUCUUGCAUAUGGUUUCACCGAUGUCCCAAGAUCUAUUCCACAAAGCUGUUGCAAUGAGUGGAUCCCCUCUAGGCAAUUGGCCUAUUCCACACAAUCAACUGGAUCUGGCCAAAAAACAGGCUAAAUUUGUAGGAUGUCCAGAUGACACCGCUGCCAAUAUCGUAAAAUGCCUCAAGACCAAGCCGUUCAACGAACUGGGCGAAUCUCUACCUAAAUUUAAGGAAUUCGCAAAUGACCCCGUCAUGAUAUGGUCUGCUGUAAUUGAACCAGACUUUGGCCAACCACGAUUUUUGACGGCUCAUCCCAUCUAUCUCAUACAGAAUGGUCAAUUCAAAAGAGUGCCGCUUAUCACUGGGUUAACAGAGGAUGAAUUUGGACCCAAGGCGUUCGCUGUAAUAAACAACGAAACCCUGACCAAGGAGAUCAACAGUGAAUGGGAGAAGAAAGCUCCAAUUGCCUUCCUCUACGAAAGGGAUACGGACUACUCAAAAUCUAUCAGCAAGGAGUUAAAAACGUUCUAUUUGCACGACAAACCCGUGGAUCAGUCCCAGCUCAAACCUCUGGCUCAGCUGUACGCGGACUCCGUAAUAGGAUUUGGGGUGAACAGAGCAGCAAAACUGUUUGCCGAGUACAGCAAUACUUCCGUGUAUUACUACCGUUUCAGCUAUCAAGGCCGGUACAGCCUUUUCUACACUCCGGAGAGCAAUAACACUGUUCCUUAUGGGGUCAUUCAUCACGACGAUUUGAUGUAUUUGUUCUACGUUUCGAAGUUAUUCAAAGAGAGCUCUCCAACAGAAGUCGAAAUGGUGUCAAAGUUGACGGCUCUUUAUGCAAAUUUCGCUAAAACUGAGAACCCCAUCCCAGCCCCUUCGGAGAAACUGGACAACGUGAAAUGGGAGCCGUUCACCCUCAAAGAACAGAAGUACAUGGACAUCGGGAACAAGCUGCAGAUGCAGGAGAAGCUGUACGAGAAGAGGUACGCGGAGUGGGAAAAACUGUUCCCCUUGGGUCAAUACUCAAAAAAUAAACAAAGCCACUAAUCAGAUUGUUACGGAGGAUAUCGUUUUGUUUUCACUUACUAUUAAUAAGACUUUUUUUAGAAACAUACUUUAUAUACGAUGUAUAUAAUUAUAUUUUUGUGAAAUAAAAUAAUUUCAUGUUUAA